AUGGGAGGGUUUGAUGAGUACAAGCCAGCAAUGGCUAUGUUUGGCUUACAAUUUUCUUAUGCAGGAGUUGCUCUGUCUACUAGAGCUGCUUUACUACAAGGAAUGAGUCCAAGUGUCUUUGUCUUUUAUAGACAAGCCAUAGCUACUUUGGUCAUUGCACCAUUUGCUUAUUUCACAAGCAUAUUAUUUCAAUUAAUUCUUAUAUAUUUUAAUAAUCAUAUUUAUUUAGUUAAAUUUUGUUACACUUCAUUUUUUUAUUUUAUUUUUUUGAACAGUGUAGCAAUCAACCAGAAUAUUUAUUUUCAAGGUCUAUUAUUGUCCUCUUCAUCAAUGGCAAGUGCUAUGGCAAAUCUUGUUCCAGCAAUCACAUUUCUAAUUGCAUCCAUUUUUGGAUUAGAGAAGGUAAACAUAAGGAGCUUGAGAAGCUUAGCCAAGAUAUUAGGAACUAUAGUAUGUGUGAGUGGUGCCAUGUCCAUGGCAUUGGUCAAAGGCCCAAAGCUCCUAAAUUUACCCAAUAAUAAUGAUUUUGUAUUGGAAUCCAACAUGAGCAGUAGUAGUAAUGAUCAUGAUGAUUGGAUAUUGGGUUGUAUAUUUCUUUUUGGAGCCUAUUGUUGCUGGUCCACUUGGUUGAUUCUCCAGUACAAUACCAACUUUUGUCAGCACAAAAAUGUGCUGGCAAAAGUGACAUUUCUUGUAGUGGACUAA